AUGGCUGCUCCCUGUGUGACACGCACCUUUUUUAGCAUAAACACCAUCCGCCACCUCUCCCCCCUCGCUGCACGUCACGCCGCUGCCUCUUCCAAAGCCACCACGACUCUUGCCUCGCUGUCCUCGUCUCGUUACACCAGCCUCUUCUCCUCAUCCUCCUCCAUCUUCUCCACCAAACGUCAGACGCUCCCCGCUCCACACCGCGGACUGCCGCUCAACUACCCUCUGCGCCGUCGUCCUUGCCCGCGUCCGCCGCCCCAACAAUUCCGUUUCUUCACCACUUCUCCUCCUCCUCGUACAGCCGCCGCCGCCGCCGCCGCCGCCGCCCAACCGUCGACAGAUUUACAACACAGAAUGAGUUCCGUUUCGUCAACACCUGCGCCGGUGCGCAUCUUCAUCGCCGGCGGCAGCUAUGCCGGCCUCUCGGCUGCCAUGAACCUGCUCGAUCUGAGCUCCGGUGCCAGCCCUCGUCAGGCUACCGAGCCUUACCCUCACGUCCCCGGCUUUGAAAAGCUGGACAUUGAAAUAACCCUCGCUGAUGAGCGAGACGGAUGGUACCACCUCAUUGGCUCCCCGCUGGCCCUCGCCGACAACGAAUACGCCAAAAAGGCCUGGAUCAAGUACGCAGACAUUCCCAGCAUGCAGGUGCCCAACCUCAAGGUCGUCAUUGGCUCCGUCACCGCCGUCGACUGCGUGUCCAAGACGGUCACCACCCUCGACGCCGUGACAAAGGUCGCCACCGAGCAUGCCUACGACUUCUUCGUCGCCGCGACCGGCCUCCGCCGCGUCUGGCCCACCGUGCCGCAGUCGCUCUCGCGCAAGCAGUACCUGGUCGAGGCCGGCGAGCACGUCCACGCCGUCAGCAACGCCCAGCACGGCGUCGUCGUCGUCGGCGGCGGCGCCGUCGGCAUCGAGAUGGCCGGCGAGCUCAAGGUCGUCCACCCGGCCAUUGACGUGACGCUCGUGCACUCGCGCGACAAGCUGCUCUCGUCCGAGGGCCUCUCCGACGAGUGCAAGGACACGACGCUGGCGCUGCUGCGCGAGGCUGGCGUAAACGUCCUCCUGAACCACCGUCUCAGCAAGUCGACCCGCGUCGAGACGACGGAUGGCAGCACCAAGUACGAUGUCGAGUUUACCAACGGCCACAAGAUGACCGCUAGCGAGAUUAUCAUGGCUGUUUCGCAGCCCACGUCGACCGCCACUUAUAUGCCCACUACAGCUCUAGAUGAGAAUCAACUUGUCAAGAUAAACCCCAACCUCACUCUCGCCGAGGGUACCCCCAACGCCGACUACCAUUUCUGCGCUGGUGAUGUCGCCAAGUGGAGCGGCAUCAAGCGCUGUGGCGGCGCCAUGCACGGCGGCCACUACGCCGCCUACAACAUUCACCAGACCAUUCUGCGCGACCGCGUUCCCGGCGGCCACCAGCCCAAGUACAGUGAAUUCACAGAAUUUCCCGUGUGCAUCGGCCUUGCCGUCGGCAACACGGCAGUCGCCUCCGGCCCGGAAAGCGGCACCGUCUCGGGCCCAGAUGUCAUGAAGGCCUAUUUCCGCGACGACUUGGGCUUUGACAUUUGCUGGGAGUCCAUGCAGCUGGGCGGAAAAAAAGAGACCGUGGUGGAGGCUUAA